AUGAGUGCACACGAUAGUAUCGUCAUCUUGGGGGCUGGCAUCAUCGGCCUUGACGUAGCCCUUGUCCUAGCAGAAAGAGGCUACGGCAAGUCUAUCACAGUCAUCGCGGAACAUCUUCCCGGAGAUACAGCACUGAAUUAUACUUCUCCCUGGGCUGGCUGCAACUUUUCAGCUAUCUCUGGCACAGAUGCCAAUGCCUUAAAAUGGGACAAGGCAGGAUACUUCCAUCUGAGCAAGCUUGCUUCUGAGAGACCAGAGCAGUCAUAUGUCAAACGAACUCCUUCAAUGGAGCUUUGGGACGAUAAUGUUCCUCGCGACAAGAUCCAGGCAAUGUCUGAAUAUCUAGAAGACUUCCAAGAACUGCCAACCUCUGAACUGCCCAAGGGCGUCAAGUUUGCUGUCGCCUUCACGACACUUACUGUCAAUGCGCCCAAGCAUCUUCUCUACCUCUAUGAGAGACUGAAGAAUGACUACGGCGUUCGCUUUGUUCGCCAGAAGCUUCCAGAUCUUCAAACUGCUUUCUUUAGCCAGUCAACCCAGAUUGUGUUCAACUGUACUGGCAACGCUGCUCGAAUGUUGCCAGGAGUUGAGGAUCCAAAGUGCUACCCGACUAGAGGACAGGUCCUGUUGACUCAUGCGCCCGAGGUUCACACGAACAUCAUGAGACAUGGGAAGGAUUACGAGACAUACGUCAUCCCCCGCCCGUUUUCCAAGGGACACGUCAUUCUCGGAGGGUACAUGCAAAAGGGGAACGGUGAUGGUGCGACUUACUCGUACGAAACAGAGUCCAUCUUGGAGCGCACCAAGGAACUCAGUGAUGAAGUCAGGAAUGGAGGUCUAGAUGUUCUCGCAGCUUUCUCGGGUCUUCGUCCGUCACGCGAAGGUGGCGCUCGAGUAGAGAGGGAAGAACUGACGGUGGCAGGACAAAAGCGCACAGCUGUUCACAACUAUGGUGCAGGUGGAACUGGAUUCCAGGCUGGUUAUGGCAUGGCUCUAGAUGCCGUUCGUGCCGCUGAGCCUGUUUUGUCAAAGAUCCAUACCGAGCUCAAGUCGAGGCUGUGA